AUUAGAAUACGCAUGAGCUCAGCUAUUUACUUCCUGGUUGAGCAGGAGCAUUAUUUGCGAUCAACAUGGAUGGAAUUACAACGGAACUGUGUACAAGUGACGCUGUAAAAAUCCCUGAAAGCGUUUUACGCCGGGAUCAGGCGAGACUGGAAGAGUUAGAGCGCCGCAAAAAUGCCAAAGAGAGCCAGACAGUUUCGGAGGAAAAGAUCAGUUACUUCAGCGCUAGCUUUAGCGCGGAGAAGGCUGCUAUAGAGGAGCUGCUAUCAAGCUGCACACAGACUGACCACCAGAAAGCCACGAAGGUUUUAGAGGAGGCGACAAACAAGCUUCAGCACCUCCAAAAGUUCCUGAACGACAGCACGGUAUUUCUCACACAGUACGAACUAAGACAGGCGCAAGAAUCUCUGCAGAAAUUGCAAGGCUCCAUAGCUGAGAAAAGAGCCGAGGUGAUGCCCAAAAAGAAAUUCGCUUUCCGGUCGCGUGCCGCCGGUGCGAGUCAGCAGCCUGCACUCCCUCCCUCCAGCAGUGAAGGAAAACCCAGAGCAGAUCCCGGGCUUUCUGUGGUGGACUCUGCGAUCACUACUGAACAGUGUGGCUUCUCAAAUGCCCACAAUGAAGUUUUAAUCAAGCAGUCAGAAGAGAUCCAGAACAGGGACGUCCUGUUGUCUCACCUGACCAACUGCAAGGUCAGACUAUACGGCUCACCAAGUACCCUGCAUAUUAAAAAUGUGAAGGGUUGCCAGAUCCUCAGUGGGCCUGUGUCCAGUUCAGUUUUCGUUGAUGAGUGUAAAGACUCCACGUUGGUACUGGCCUGUCAGCAGCUGCGCACCCACAACACCACAUCGACCCAAAUAUACCUCCAUGUCACUAGCCGAGCAAUAAUAGAGGACUGUCACGGAGUCUCUUUUGCUCCUUUUAACUGGACGUAUCGUGAGCUGGAUGAUGAUUUUCAAGUGUCUGGACUGGACCCCAAAAGAAACAAUUGGUCUCAGGUGGAUGAUUUCAACUGGCUUGCUGCUGGAAUGCCUUCGCCUAACUGGACUGUAAUUCCAGAGUCUGAGAGGACAUCUUGUUGGGACGCUGCAGAGCCAGAAGCAUGAUCUGGAACUUUUAAUCCUUCUAAAUUGAAAUGUUUUAAUUACUAAUGGAGCUAACUUCUGAUUGUCUUGCCCAUACUAACAGAUUGCUCUACUUAAUGAGAUGUCUUAAACCCCCUUUUAAAAAUAAACAUGGCCAUGUUGAAUGCA